UGAACCUUGUGGAAAAUAUUUUGAAUCCGUAAGCCACGUAAAAAUGUAUUAAUAUAGAUAACAAAACCAACAACAACCUAUGCUAUAUAGGCCUUGCUGUCACUGUUACGAAUAUACAUUAGCAUACAUUUCCUAGCAUGACAACAUGAUAUCCACGCAAUGAGAAUUGUAAUUGUUUUCUCUGCUAGGGGUUGCUGACGUUUUUCUUUUCCCGCCUAUGUUCGUAAGCCAAGAAGCGGAAUGACAACUAAUACCAUCUAUGGGAAAUGUAACGUCGAAAGCUUUAAACUACCGGUUUAGUGGAACAGGAAAUAGGCAGAUCGGCAGAUUCGGCACAUUAAACCGUCCCAUCAACCCACGCGAUGACUCUGCGAGAACACCGGUCCUACUGUUUCUAAUUCAUAAUUUACACCGUCCAAUUUGAAGGCUGUUCAUCGUUUUUUCCAAGGACACCUGAGGUGCAGAGCCAUCCUACUAUUAGACGGCAUAUCGAAGCUGGGGUCUGUAGUACCAUCUGUCUACACUGCAAACUGGGCGCCCAGACUCAACCAUCCAAGCCAGGAGAUACCGCCACAAUGUCCGAACACAAGUGCGCGUUUGCCGUGUCUUCUCUUCAGUUAUGCAGAGGGGAGACGGCCUAGCGAGAGAGUCACCUACAGUCACCGGGACUGGAGAGACGGAGAGACCGAGGAUGAAUUGCUUUAUGCCACGGAGCACUAGACGGAUGAUUGAGGAGCGCAGAUUGCAUAAUGAACGGCAACAAGUCCUCAUCAGGAAACUGAGUAGGGAGAUGUAUCAGGAACAGGGAAGCGACCCCCGUCUGGGGACCAGACACCAGCUCAGCAGGCUCAUGCGACCGGACGAUGCAAACAUCUUCGGCAGCGUGCACGGCGGCACGAUCCUGAGGAUGAUCGAGGAAGCCGGGGGCAUCAUCAGCACGCGCCACUGCAACACGCAGGAUGGGGACCGCUGCGUUGCCGUGCUGGGGCGGGUGGAGAAGACGGAGUUCCUGUCGCCGAUGUUCAUCGGAGAGGUGGCCCACGUGUGUGCAGAGAUCACCUACACCUCCGAGCAUUCGGUGGAGGUCCAGGUCCACGUCAUGUCCGAGAACGUCCUCACAGGUUCCAAGAAGCUGACAAACAAGGCGGCCCUGUGGUACGUUCCCUGCUCCCUGAAGAACGUGGAUAAGAUCCUGGACGUCCCGCCCAUCAAGUACACCAGCCCGGAGCAGGAGGAGGCGGGCAGGAAGAGACAUGAGGUCCAGAGGACGGUCAGGCAGAACACCACGGAGCGCAACGAGGAGGUCCCCCCGCCAGCCUCCAAGCCAGAGAGACCAAUGAAGGAGAUCCACACUGUUGGAUUCAGCCAAUCCAGCCUGAUCCAUCUGGUGGGACCUAACGACUGCAUGAUGAACGACUUCGUCCACGGAGGUGAGCCCAACCAUUAUCUCUUUCUUCCAUUCCCAUUCCAUUCCAGCCCUUUAUUACAGAAGGGACAUUUAUCAUGAAGGCAUCCUUAAGAGACACAUUCAAAUCCCCCUGAGGUUCACAAUUUAGUCCUUUUAUCCAAAGCAACUUAAAGCGAAUUCGGAUCCAUUGCUGUGGUUCAGCUGGUAGUUAAGGGGCAUUCACAAGAAUGCAUACAGGUUAGUCUGCGGACGUUGGGGAUCAAACCCAGGAUCUUCCGACCGAGGGUUAAGCACCCUUACAUCUACACUAGCCUAAGGAAAUGCAAAUUCAGUCUGUACCUUGACCUGAAUACUCUUAUAAAGACUUGAAGACUCAUGUUAGUAUAACACUCACAUACACGCAUCUAUGGAUACAAACAUACACGCACAUAUAAUAACAAACACACACUCACACACACAUAUACAUACACACAGACAGGCACAUAUAAAUACAUACACACACACACACACACACACACGCACACACACACACACACACACACACACACACACACACACACACACACACACACACACACACACACACACACACACACACACACACACACACACAGAUUAAA